UCCUGCUGCUGCGUCCUGACAGUCUGUCCUCACAUGGGCCAUCGGAACCACCUGCUCCUCUUCACCUGCAGCCCGACGCACCUGCUGACGUCAGCACGACCCUAACCUCACAGGUUUCCAUAUUCCAUCUCGAGGUCGAGAAAAUGGCAGCGAUUCCAUCCAGUGGCUCGCUCAUCGCCACCCACGACUACUACAGAAGACGCAUCGGCUCCACGUCCAGCAACAGCUCGUGUGGCAGUGCGGAGUUCAGCGGUGAGGUCAUCCCUCACCACCCAGGACUUCCGAGGCAGGACUCCGGACACUGGUGGACCUCGUUUUUCUUUGCGAAACAGAACCAGCCAGGCGCGCAGAGCGGACCUGACAGUCAGAAGAACAGAACCUACACGGUGGCCGAUGGUCAGGUGACCUGCGUCGCCAAGGAGAUGGUUCUGAACAGACAACUCAGCGAAAGUAGUGAAACUGGAAAGUCUGAACUGUCGACCUCUUCACCUGCCUCCUCCUAGACUCCUGCUGACCCCUGACCCCCGACCCCUGACCUCUUCACCUGCCUCCUCCUAGACUCCUGCUGACCCCUGACCCCCGACCCCUGACCUCUUCACCUGCCUCCUCCUAGACUCCUGCUGACCCCUGACCCCCGACCCUUGACCUCUUCACCUGCCUCCUCCUAGACUCCUGCCGACUCCCGACCCCCGACCCUUGACCUCUUCACCUGCCUCCUCCUAGACUCAUGACGACUCCCGACCCCUGACCUCUUCACCUGCCUCCUCCUAGACUCCUGCUGACCCCUGACCCCCGACCCUUGACCUCUUCACCUGCCUCCUCCUAGACUCCUGCCGACCCCCGACCCCCGACCCCUGAUCCUCAGCUGGCCGUGUCUAGUCCAGCCCCUGAGCUGGAGAUGCUGGUGCUGAUGAUGAGGGUGUUGUUUUCUUCUUCCUUUAUUAGAUAUAUUUUGCUUAUUGCCCGUGGAUAGUAUGUUUAUAUUUUAUUACGACCAAAGUGAAGUGUGUAAAAAGUUUGUUUUUCAUUCUAUUGCUCUUGUAACUCGAUAUUGUUUAUAAUUACAAAUAAAAAGGGCCCACAACUC